AUGGAGUUGGAUGAAUGCCUGGAGAAGCUGUAUGUGGGGCAAUUGCUGCCGGAGAUCACGAUCAGGGCACUGUGUUUCAAGCUCAAGGAGAUGCUUGUGAAAGAAUCAAACGUCAUACAUAUCACAACACCUGUUACUGUAGUUGGAGACAUGCACGGUCAGUUUCAUGAUAUGCUGGAGAUGUUCAAGAUAGGUGGUAGGGUUCCUGAUACGAACUAUCUGUUUCUGGGUGAUUAUGUCGAUAGAGGCCUCUAUAGUAUUGAGACAAUCAUGCUCUUGAUUGUAUUGAAACUGAGGUAUCCAAAUAGAAUACAUUUAUUGAGAGGCAACCACGAAUCGAGGCAAAUUACACAGAGUUACGGAUUUUACACUGAAUGUUUGAACAAGUAUGGAGACGAUUCUAGAGUUUGGCAUUAUCUGACGGAUGUUUUUGAUCACUUAGUACUAUGUUGCAUCAUUGACGAUUCAAUAUUUUGCGUUCAUGGUGGUCUCUCGCCGAAUGUACAGACAAUAGAUCAAAUAAAAAUUAUAGAUAGGUUUAGAGAGAUCCCACACGAUGGCGCAAUGGCUGACUUGGUAUGGUCCGAUCCCGAGGAUAAUACUGGCACGAAUAAUUUGAAUGGUAUGGACAUGAUUACAUCGAAUGAUCCAGAGGUAGCGUUCAAACAAUCUCUAUCAGUCCCUUCGCAACAAUUUCAAGUAUCACCAAGAGGUGCUGGUUACACUUUUGGUAGGAGCGUGGUAGAAAAGUUUCUGUACUUGAAUAAUAUGGAAAGAAUUUAUAGAGCUCACCAACUGUGUAAUGAAGGGUAUCAAAUUUAUUUUGAUGGGCUUGUUACUACAGUAUGGUCUGCUCCAAAUUACUGUUAUAGAUGUGGCAAUAAAGCUUCAAUUCUUGAGCUGUAUAGUAAGAACGACUACUAUUUCAACGUAUUUGAUGAAGCUCCAGAAAAUAAGAUAAAUGGAUUAAGUCAAUCUUCCACAUCAGAUAUCACUGCACGAAAGCUGUUAAAUGAUUACUUCAAUGAUGAUAAUGACCUUAUUGAUAAUGAUGGUUCAAUAACGGAAACGGACGUUUUUUCAGAAGAAUAUCAAUCAAAAUCAGCCUCUUCAAGACGUGUGGAGUAUUUUUUAUAA